UUUUAUUUGUUUUGUAUGCUUUCUUCAGUGUUUGCAACCUGCGAUUCAACACUGAGAAGACAUAACAUCCUGCACCGCUGCGGAUAAUAAAGAGGCAAAGAGGCUGGUUUCCCAUCAACGGGAUUUCCACUUUCUGGAUAAAAGUUUUCUUUCCUGCUGUUGAAUAGCCAGAAAGUGGUGGAACACAAAAUGUCUCUUAGCAGAAGUAUCGAAUUUGAGCACUUCGAGGAAAGAGACAGACCCCAACGGGCUCCGAGGACAAACUCGGGCUCCGGGUCCAAAGGAAACGGUCUGGUCCCGAGCCCUGCGCACAGCGCGCACUGCAGCUUCUACCGCACGCGCACUUUGCAGUCUCUCACCUCAGAGAAAAAAGCCCGUAAAGUGCGUUUCUACCGCAACGGGGAUAAAUAUUUCAAAGGUUUGGUGUAUGCUGUUUCCAAUGACCGGUUCCGCUCCUUCGAUGCUCUGCUCAUGGAGUUAACCCGCUCCCUGACGGACAACGUUCACCUCCCCCAGGGAGUGCGGAGCCUGUACACCGUGGAUGGAGGCAGGAAGAUCACCAGUCUGGAUGAGUUAGUGGAGGGAGAGAGCUAUGUGUGUGCCUCCAACGAGCCAUUUCGUCGUGUAGAUUACACCAAGAACAUCAAUCCCAACUGGUCUGUAGGCAGCAAGACUGGAACAUCACGCUCCCUCACCUCUCUAAACCAGCUUAAGGGCGAACUGCUGAGGGAAUCCAAGGAAUUCAUCAAACCCAAACUUGUAACAGUGAUUCGUAGCGGUGUAAGACCUCGCAAAGCAGUUCGGAUACUGCUCAACAAGAAAACAGCACACUCUUUUGAACAGGUGCUCACCGAUAUCACAGAUGCCAUCAAGUUGGACUCCGGAGCUGUGAGAAGACUCUACACAUUGGAAGGCAAGCAGAUUACCUGCCUGCAAGACUUCUUUGGGGAGGACGAUGUUUUCAUAGCGUGCGGUCCAGAGAAGUACCGCUAUGCGCAGGACGACUUUGUGUUGGAUCAUAGUGGUAAGGCUUCCACAGCCUUAAUAACUGAAUGCGAAGUCCUAAAAUCAUCCUACAGACGCUCUGCUACUCCCAAUCGGACCGCUAAGAGCCCAAGUCUCUCGAGGCGCAGUAAAUCCCCAGGUCCUGCAAGGCGACCCGUUCAUUACUCCAGUCUGUCUUCAAUCAAAUCCUCAGUAAAUGGUGUCUCAGGUCACAGGUCCACUAAGUCCUCUAGCCCGUCUCCCACCAGCCCAUCCCCACGAACCAUUCCCUGUUUAAAGAUCCCUCCCUCACCUCAGCCCUCCUCACCUAAUGUGAAUGGGAAUGAUUCACUUAAUCAUCAGGAGCAAACAGUCCAUCAGAGUCCAAAAGUUAAUGGAAAGCAGUACCCAGCAGCCUCUGGCAUCUUGGAAAAAUACAGUGUUGGCAAAGUGAUCGGAGAUGGUAACUUUGCUGUGGUUAAAGAGUGUGUGGAGAGGUCUACGGGGAAGGAGUUUGCUCUCAAAAUCAUUGACAAAGCCAAAUGCAGUGGAAAGGAACACCUCAUAGAGAAUGAAGUUGCUGUGUUGCGUAGGGUGAAACACCCAAACAUCAUCAUGCUGAUCGAGGAGGUGGACACGCCCUCUGAGCUGUGUCUCGUCAUGGAGCUUGUAAAGGGAGGGGAUCUCUUUGAUGCCAUUACAUCCUCAGCCAAGUACACAGAGAAAGAUGCCGGCACCAUGGUCUCCAACCUGGCUGCAGCUCUGGUGUACCUCCACAGCAUGAGCAUCGUCCACAGAGACAUCAAACCUGAGAACCUGCUGGUGUUUGAGCAUCAGGAUGGCUCAAAGUCCCUGAAACUUGGAGACUUUGGUUUGGCCACAGUAGUGGAGGGACCACUGUACACUGUGUGUGGAACACCAACAUAUGUGGCCCCAGAGAUCAUUGCUGAGUCAGGUUAUGGUCUGAAAGUGGAUAUUUGGGCUGCAGGUGUGAUCACCUACAUCUUACUUUGUGGCUUUCCCCCAUUUAGAAGUGAGAAUAAUCAGCAAGAGGACUUGUUUGAUCAGAUUCUUCGUGGCCAGCUGGACUUCCCUUCUCCUUACUGGGACAUCGUCACCAUUUCAGCCAAGGAUCUGAUCAGAAAGAUGCUGCAGGUCAACGCAGAGGCCCGAUACACAGCAAAGGAUGUCCUCUCACACCCCUGGGUCACGGAUGAUGCAGUGAUGGGGAACAACAUGAAGACGGAGGUUUCAGGUAAACUGAAGACGCACUUCAAUACUGCACCGAAGCAAAACAGCACUACAGCUGGAGUGUCCAUCAUCAUGUAUUUCCAUAUCUUUUUGCAGAACACAGCUCUUGAUAAAGAGACCAUUCAGCUCGGUGCUCGUAGCAGUUUGGGAACACAAGUGGAGCAGAACUCAGAACACAUCUCAUCUUCUCUCUCGAACAAUCCGACUCCUGUUGAACAAGUGGCAUGUGACAAAGAUCCAAACUCUGUCGAGGCAGUUUUUCCAACCAGGUCUGUUCCUCCUGAGGAAUUUGAAAGAGCAGACUCUGCUGGCUUUGGUCUGCCUCUUUCUAUUCCUGCACGUUCUCCCUCCCCUUCUGCUGGAGUUUUUAUUUCCUCUCCACCAGAAAAAGAGACACCUCCUUCAUCCCUCUUCCUGACUCCUUGUAUAUCUUUAGAUCAUUUCUCUCCUUCUGCUCUACAUCUUUUUGCUUCCACAACUCCCUCAUCAACCGUUUCAUGUCCCUCGCUGUCAUCUGUCAUGAACCCUGCCCCAGAUCCAACCUCUCCCACCAAACUGUCACCAUGCCCCGUUUCCCCCAUCCAACCUUUUUUCUUCCCACUCUCUUCUCCAUCAAAACCAGAGCCCACCUCGCCUUCCUCUGUCCAUACAGCUCUGUUCCCUUCUCCUCCUUCCACACCUCCUGCUGUCUCUACAUCCUCCCACCCUCUACUGGCUGAAGAACUUCUGAAGUAAAUCUAAAAUCCUGAUGCAUUCGUGUCUAGAAAGGCCUUCACAGCAUUUUGGAGGAUGAAGAGGAUAAACCAUCACAUUAUGCAUUUCUUAGCAGCUGUGAACUGAGCCAGAGACUGAGGUGGCUGCAGGAUGACUGCUCCGACUCAUCCAGAUCCUUCAUGUAAGACUGAGGAGUCUGAAUGUACACAAGGUUUAUUUAUUAAUAUAGACUGUCCUGUGUGUGUGUUUGCCUGUUGAAGUGAUAUAUUACUGUUUAUUGAUGCACU